CACACGGAGGGAGAGUGGCUGGAGGAGAGAGGAGGAGGGGGAUCUGGAGGAGGCGGAGCAGGAGGCGGGGGAGACCGUCAGCUCCGUCCCCUCCGCCGCGCUCCGAUCCGCUCGCCGCGCGGCCUCCUCCCCGAGACCUCGCCGCACCCCGGACUCGCAGCUCGCGGCCAUCAUCAGCAUGUCUUCGGGCUUCUCCUCCGGAUCGGACACAUGUUCUGCCAUGGACGGCGAGACUUCCAUUAUGACCAAGCGUCAUCGCACAGUGGAGGACUUCAACCAGUUCUGCACGUUUGUGUUGGCUUACGCUGGCUACAUCCCACACCCCGACGAAGGUGGGAGCGUGAACGCGGCCCUGAGCGUCAGCACCACGGACAGCUCUCUGGACGGGGACAGCUGGACGUCGGCCCGCUCCCCCGGCCCCCAAACCCACGAGGGCAGCGCCCCCAAGAAGCCCAAGCUGUCCGUGGGCAAGGGGCAGGGCCAGGGGCACGGCCCCGGGCCCCCCGCGACGCAGCCCUCGAGCAACGGGGCCAGCGGCGGCAGAAAGGGCGGCGAUGGCGUCCGUCGUGCGAAGGCGGACGGCUCGCUUGCUCACCGCAGGCACCACCAUCAUCGCAACCACCACCGCCACCACCGUAACCACCGCAACCACCAUCACAACCACCGCAAUGGAGGAGGAGGGGGCGGAGGAGCCGGUGUAGGUGGAGGAGGAGGAGGCUUGGGAGGCGGCGGAAGCAACAACAACAAUGGCAGCAACAGCAGCAGCGGCAGCAAUGCCCGCCACUUCCCGGCGGUCAAGAAGCACAAGUCGCAGGCGCGACUGUCCAUGUCGCCCGUCAAGCAGAAGGUCAAGAAGAGCAAGAAGAAGAAGAAGGCCGAGAAGGCGAAGACGCUGAAGGCGGCAGCUGCGGCGGCACAAGCGGCGGCCGCCAGUGCAACCGCAAAGACGACGUCGGCGGCGGCGGCGGCGGCCAAGGACGAGAAGAAGAUGGCCGCGGCCAAAGCGUUUGCGUCGGCGGCGGCCGCCGCGCUGGCUCAGGCCAUCAAAACGGAGCCGGUCGCUGACGACGAUGCCGGCGAAGAGGGCGACGUCGCCGGCCGGGAUGGAGGCGCUGGCGCCGAAUCGACCUCGGAACUCGACACGGACGGAGAGAUCGAGGCCAUCCUGGCGCGCGAGCGAUCCUGCGGGCUCCGGCUGCCGCGAGUCGCCAGACGAGAGGACGCCGACGAAGACGGCGGCGACGAGGACUUUGAUGAGAACGAUGAGGACUUUGACGACGACGACGACGACGAUCUCGACGACGUCGAUUACGACGAGGUGAGGGCGGUGCCCAAGAGGACAGAGGCGGCGACAACGAGGACGUCGUUGGCGAGGAAAAUGCCGGGGCUGAGGGCGUGCGGCAAGAAGUCGAAGGUGAAGGCUUACCGGGACCAGGACGACGAAGACAUUAUGGUGGACUCCGACGACGCGUCGUGGAAGCUCAUCACGUGCUACUGCAUGAAGCCGUUUGCCGGGCGGCCGAUGAUCGAGUGCGGCGAGUGCGGUACCUGGGUGCACCUCUACUGCGCCAAGAUCCGCAAGUCCAACGUGCCGGACGUGUUCGUGUGCCAGCCAUGCCGGGAGGCCAAGCACGACAUUCGCCGCUCGAGCCGAGCCCACAGGAGCCCGCGCAAGCACCUCCCGGACUGACGUACCACCAGCCCUCGCGCCGUGCCCUCCACCCCGUGUAACUCCACCACUAUCGAGAGCUGCGGCCAAAACUCAGCGCUUCUCCAGGACUGACAUCCACCAGCCCGCCGUGUCCCCUCGCACACGUCUCCCCCCCCCCCGCCCCCCGCCAUGUAUCUCCACCACUAUCAAAGCGCUCCCGGACUGACGUACCGCCAGUCACGGAUCCUCCUGCCCCCCUCCCUCCCUCUCGUGUGUCUUCCCUGUCCUGUGCCUCGACUAUCGCUGUGUCUUUUCAUGCAUCUUGUCUUCAGUACCAGAGCUGAUAAGAAAACUCACCACCUUACCACCUGACCGAUGGUACCACUAAACCUUCCUACAAUGCCGGAGCUGCUAUUUAAAGGUAGAAAAUACUGGACACCCCCUAGAUUGACACAGCACACCACCAACUCCCCCCCCCCCCCAUGUCCCUAUUCUUACCAGGGCCACUACGCGAGACCACCAGUUGAAAGAGUUGAGGAUAUGUGGCCCUUCCCAUAGGUAGCGUUUAAACAUGGAGAAGAACGUAGACCGUUUUUUGGCACAUCAGUGUUUCUGGAAGCCUCGUAUAUGAAGAGGACUCACCUUUACAAUAUGGGGGACACUCAUUGGCAUUUGCCCAAAGGCAACAAUCAUUUGAGUCUGUAAAUUACGAGAAAACAGAAGAUAACCAUUACUGCAGGAAACAUUUAACAACACGCUGGUGUGCGACAAUGCACGUACAAAAAGCUGUCCUGAAAAGAAAGCACAAAAACCGUACCUCCCGGUCACUUCCCCACCUCCCUCCCCUCCCCUGGUUUCUAUCCAUUACCAGAGAUGUGAGAUAACUAUAAUAAAAACUGUUAUAAUAAUCAUAAAAGACCAUCAGAGCAGCUCCUGGACUGACGUACCACUGAACCCCCUCCUCCGUUUGUCUCCAUUUUCCAGAGUUGUUGAAAAAUAAUAACAAAUUCUGCACCUCUCAGACUGACGUACCACUGAACUCUCCUUCCCUCUCGCCGUGUCUCUUCACUGCUCCCAGAGUUACGAAACAUUUCAUCAAAUAGAAAUGUAUUCUAUUUAAUUUUAUUUGGACGAGCUUUAGGGUUAAUAUUUUUUUGUGUUUUAGGUGAAAUUUUUGUUUGUAUUUUUAAUGCGAUUUUUUGUUGUUGUUGAAUAGAUUACUUGAUGUUGCCAAUAGUGCUAUUGGAAUCAAGUAAUUGGAUGAAUAAUCCGUUUGGAAGUCUGGCAGAGCUGCCUUUAGGGCUCAGCUUAUCUGGGAACGGGCUGCGGAAGAGAUCUGAAAAAUCCUUCGAGUGGCUAAUUUAACUUCUACCCAGGAGGGGGGGCACUUUCCCAUGCACGCUGAUUGAAGCUUAUUUGCCAAAAUGAUCGUCACAAUUUGCAUGUGAUGUGUUUUAUUUGGCAGCUAUUGGUUACAGGGCUGACCAUCAACUCACGAAGUUUGUGGAACCCGGUUUAAACCACGGUCGGUUGAAAACCCAGGUUUGAACCCCUGAUUACAGCGGCGCCCUCUAGGGUUCUUGUCAUCUGUGUGCCCUUUAGUUUUACACAUUUGGCGGUUAUUCGUAUUUUCUCUGUUUAACUUAUUAAUUUGAAAACAUUGUAAAAAAAAUUAGUAGAAAACUACCCUGCAUUUUUUUUCAAAUUUUCAUAUCAAAAAUGCGAUUGUUUUCAUUCUCGUUUCCUCUACUUUUUAUGUUCUCUCUCUCGUGACAUUUCAUAUUUUUUUUAUCUUCAAUUCGUACAUUUCCCAUUGAUAUUGUUUAUUACUUUCUCAAGUUUGUAUAUUUUUCCUCUGCGCUGACACCUUGUAUACAGUGCUUCCCUGGUUAUUUGUGAAUAAGCUAUUAAAUGCAUUAGAUUUAUCUCUCAUCAUUUUCUCUCAUGAAAUACUCUUGUCAUCGCUUAAUCUCACCGCUUUAUCUCGCAUCACUUUCUCCCAUUACUUUUUUUCUCUCUCGAUUGCAGCAGUCGUGUAGGGUUCCAGAUAGAGAUUCGGCGAUAGCCAAAAUCGCGGAUAGGAAGUUCGUGAAUAACGGGGAAAUGCGUUUUUGCUGUGAUUGUUGCACGCUUGUGAGUGCACAGACACGGCGAUAAAUUUCCCCCGCCCCAUCCCGCUGUUCCUCUCCUCUACCCUCUCUGCGACUCCACGCCUCCUCUUUACAACGUCAUCAUCGACAAAAGCGACAUGACGACGCCCACCUGCAUCGACGAUUCAUUUCUGUAGUAUCGUUAAAAAACAUUCUCGACUAUUUCAAGCAAGUUUGCUGCACGUCCAUUGUUUAUUUUAUUUUUUAUAAAUCCCUGCACACAAAAAAAAGGAUUUGGAGGAAGCGUUCUGCAGGGACAAACGAAAGCCACCGCCCGUCGCCGCCGUUUUUUCAACAAACAAAAAAAACCUGGUGAAAAAGAUUUUUGCCGUUUUUCAUUUUUGUUUUCUAAGAUGCCGUUACAAGCCUCGCCAUGGACAAAAAUGUCACGUGGGGUAAGUGGUGGGAGCGCAGCUGAACGAAAGUUCCGCGAAGCCACCACCACCAACGCCGCCAACCACCACGUGGGUUUUUCAGGCAGCCCGGAGGAGGGCCUUGGUGCCCACGAGGGUGCUUGCAGGGCGGCGGGGCUGGUGCUCUCACCUGGCGAAUCCGGUUUGCGCAUCACGUGGCUGGACUAGAAGAGCCGCCGCCUUGUCCAUGGGCCGGGGUUGAACGUGAAUGCGCCAGGGUUACGGCUGGGCAGGGACGAGGUUGGCACGAUGCGUGUUUGAUCGUCGGCGCUGUUUGCGCGAAUUUGUUGCGUUGUGUCACGGGAACGAGCUAAAGAUAGAAUUAAAUUGAAAGGACUGCUUUGGUGUACACCAGGGGUGAACAGCCUAUGGCCCGUGGGCCGGAAGUCAUAUCGGUCCACUAUUUCUUUAAAAAGUUCGUUGCGUCAUUUCAUCCGAUGCUGCUGCAAGUUGGUUCUGAUUUUGUGGAACAGUUGAGCAGUAUGUUUGCCCCGCAAUUAUUUUGUCAACAAUUGCACCCGUUGCCCUUGUAAUGGAGUCGGCGUUCUGUUGCCUUUGUUCGUUUUUACACGCUAUCAGACGGACCCACGCCACGCAGCGAACGUGUGCGUUGGUGUAUAUAUGGGGUGUUAAAACCCAAUUACGAUACUUAACAUUCUUGAGGCAGAAGUUCCCUCUCACAUUAAAAUAAAAUUAAACGCUAAACUUUUUUGUAAAAUGGUUCGGAUGGAGACCGUGCGACACUAUUGACAUUGGUCUGCUACUCGUUAGAGUGGUGGGGAGGGGUGGAUCGUUUUCACCGCCAGCUCUUGAGCCGCCAUCCUUUACCCCCUUGCUCCUUGGCUCCUCAGCAUCCUGCAGACAAGGACUUAACAAAAUCCUGGUGCUAAAAAUAAUAAAAAAAAAGUCCCGAUGGGUUUGGGGAUGCAAACACCAACGUUGCUCCCACCUGCCACUUUUACGCCACCCGUUCUCCAUGCAGCUUCAUGGGUUUUUUCCCCCUCUUCUUAGAUGUCGUACGCUUAGAAGGGGCCCUCAAAACACGGCCUGUUGGAACCGAAGCCAUGGGACUCGCGUGCCGGAUUUUGUUCAUGGGUCUUGGGGGGGGGGGGGUGGGGGGCACCGUGUGGCGUCUUUCUUUGCGCCAGGAUAUCCGGGGCUGGGACCGAAUUGACUUGGGAUUCAUGAAACCUUUGGCGGCGCCUUGGACGAGUGUCGUCUUCGUCGUUUUUACACCGACGAGGGAGGAGGAAGAAAGCCACGCUAGCGUUUGUGAGCGCGGGAGGUGGGGGGGGGGGGAACAGGCGCGCUCGACCUGCCGGGGUCGUCGUCGUGGAUCGCGUCGGGUGGGUUCGCGUUUUAGGAAUCCACCUGCCGUUGAUUUUUUUGCGUUUUUUCUUUUGUUUUUUAAAUCGUCGUUUGUGUUUUUUUUUUUUAAGCGAACCUGUAAAACGGUGCGAAAGCGAGUGCCUAUUUUGCAUGUGUGGGGAGGCAACGCUCCUCCUCGUCCUCCCGAAGACGAAACGGAGAGAAAUGUGCGCGCAAACGGAGGAAGGAAUGUGCGCUAUCUAAUGAUGCUUCUGAGAAGCUGAGCACGCGUUUAUGUGUGUGUGUGUCGCGCGCGCGAUGAGACUUCAAGGCACGACUGUGGUCUGUCUCGAUUUUUUUUCCCGUCCCUAUUUUUUUAUUGGGCCCCCCUCCUCCCCCCCCCACCCCCCACUCCCCGAAAAUAACGAUGAGCGCACAGUGUAUUGUAGACAAAGCUAAGGAUAAUGAUCUGUUAUGUCAGCCCAUCUGAUGUGGUGUUUGAAGCGGCGUUACAGAAGUGCACUUUGAAGGUUUCGAGCUGUCUGUUCUGAACUAAUGUCGACGACAUCCGUGAAGUGCAAUCAAGUUUGGUGACGGUCGGUCGAUCCGUCGGUGGGUGGCGCACGUGGAAAUUAUUGGGAAGCCCCACAACUCAAUCCAAAAAUGUUCGAAAAAUCUUAAUGUCCGGCAUGCCGUCGGCUGUCCUCGUACAACGUUAAUUCGUGGUUCGCGACAGCUUUUAAAAAAUAACGUCGGAUUUCUUUGUUGUGGAAAACUGUAGAGGUCGCGGUACAGCAGACGCCAUGAAACAGUGGUGUAUCGUGGGAUUUCCUAACGCACUGUGAUUACACUGGAAAUCGGUCGUGGUGGCGGCAGCGCCGGCGAAUGACAUGCAAGUCUGUAACCCCGAGUUUUCCUUUUUGUCAGUUGAGUUAAACAGAUGUCUUGACAACACAUUGUGCGCUGACUUUUGACCUUGUCCCUUAAAAUGUUAAGCCGUAAUUGGAGGGUGGGGGCAGGGGGGUUGGAUUUGCAGGGGGCUUGCAGAAACGAGACGGUCACUAAGAACUCAAAAGUGAAUGCGACUUGAGCUUACAGGAUGGAAGACAUAGGAGUGAUGAGGAUGAUGAUGAUGGUAGUGAUAAUGCCUUGUACAUUGACCUUGUCUAACAGCUGAGCUCUUUACAAAAACUUAGGACACUGGUGAAAAAAAGGACCCUGGUUUACACACAAUGUGAUGAUUUCCAGUUGAUUCGAGUCAUCAUUAAGGCCACGAUCUAUUGAAAAUUGUUGUGGAAAUCGUUGGCGGAAACUGUCACCAGCAACGCAUUAACCGCGAUGGACUACGGCAACUUGGCAAGCAAGUUGCAGACCUGACGAGUCAUUCCUUAAUGCAGUCAUUGAGUCGGUCACUCGGUGAACACAGUACUUUACGAUAUAUAACAGUUCGCUUACCGAAUAGGCAAUCAGAAGGCUUUUUAACUCUCUCCCGUCCACGUCCCGCUCGUGCGCCGACCCUUUGAGGUCGGUGCGUUGAGUGGGACAUUUGGACACACUUGCGUGACCUCUGAAGUGGCUGUGUCCCUAGUUGUCCACUUGGGAGGAGCUGCGAUCAGAUUUGAGAUUUUAUUCGGAAAGCUGCCGUUUUGUACAAUCGGAAAAAAUUCUGCUGCGGGGGUCUGCUGCGGGUGGCUUUCCCCUAAUUUCCCCAGUGGGAUUGUGGCCGUGACAGAAGCAAGAAAAGCCCAUUGUGAGCUCUUGUGGCUCUGUAGGCAUUUUCAUUUUUUGUGAGGUCGAUGAAAAAUGCUUUCUCUGCAGCCCACAUUUCAAUUUCGUGGGUAGAUUGCUACCACUCUGCCACAUUUCCAUAGGCAAUGGCUAAAAAGCACCGUCUUAUAAACGCAAAUGACUUAACGUUUCCUUUACUGCAGAAAGAUAAAAAUCCAUGUUUUUGCAAUUUGUUUUUUUUUUUAAGGUGACAUUGUGCAAUUGCAGUAAUAAACACAACUAGUUGGCCUGUGGCUGCAUCUGCAGCACUAAAGCCAAGCUGCUGCCUCGUGCA